GACGGAUCAGCCGUAAUUAUUCAUAACCUCACAAAACACAUCAUCAGUGUUUUUGUGAGUGUUUACUUUUCAUUGUGAAUUUUCUCGUGAGAUUUUGGGCAUUUUCCCCUGUUUCCAGUGAUGCUGGGUGCCCAGGAUGACUUGGACAGUGGCCAGGGGGAGAGCAGAAUUGCCACAAUUGUCCUCACAAGUGACGUACAGGCGGCAAUUGAUCAAGUUCUGCAGAAUCCCGGUGCUAGCAGUCCCCUGGAUCAGCCUGACUUCAACACAACGGACUACAUCAACCAGCUAUUCCCUAAUGAGCAAUCCCUGUCUAACAUUGAUGAUGUCAUUGCUAAAAUGGAAUGCGAAGUGGGGGUGAUUGACGACAACAUCCGCAGUGUUGUGCGUGGGCAGACAAACACUGGACAGGACGGGAGGAAGGCCCUCGAGGAUGCCCAGAGGACCAUUAUGCAGCUCUCGAGUCAAAUCACGGAGAUUAAGACACGUGCCGAGAAGACCGAAGAUAUGGUGAAGGAGAUUACGCGUGACAUCAAACAGCUGGAUUCGGCCAAGAAGAAUCUCACGUCGGCUAUCACGACACUCAAUCACCUCCACAUGCUCGUUGGGGGUGUUGAGAGUCUCACAAAAUUGGCAGAGAAGCGCCUCUAUGGGGAAGUUCUUAACCCUUUGCAGGCCAUCACGGAGGUUAAUCAUCACUUCCAGCAAUUCUCCGAGGUGGCUCACAUUAAGACGCUAUCGGAUAAAGUAGCGCAGAUUCAUGCUGAACUAGCCACGCAGAUUACGGAGGACUUUAAGAAUGUCUUCACACCAGGGCAGCAGAACACCGUCAAGAUGAGCCUGUCCCAGCUGGCGGAUGCUUGUCGUGUUGUCUCUGUUCUUGAGCCCAAAGUCAAGCGGGAUCUACUUAAAUGGUUCAUCAAUCUUCAGCUUCAGGAGUACGUUCAACUUUUCCAUGAGAAUCAGGACAUUGCGUGGUUGGAUAAGAUUGAUAAACGCUAUGCGUGGAUUAAGCGUCAUUUGUUGGAUUUUGAAGAUAAAUUCGGGAAGAUCUUCCCACUGGAUUGGGAAGUCUCCGAGCGUAUUACUGUGCAAUUCUGCCACACAACGCAUGAGCAGCUUACAAAGCUGAUGGCCAGACGUCGUGUGGAGAUCGACGUGAAGCUCCUGCUUUACGCUAUUGGCAAGACAACAGCCUUCGAGGCUCUCCUAGCCAAGAGAUUCACCGGAAUAACCCUCCAAGAUGGUAGUGGUGCCAAAAGUCCCGCGCAUGAAGCAUCGGCGAGACUUCAUGCAGCCCGAAUGCCACAGAGCAGCUCCGAAUCACCAGCUCAGAGUGAAACCGAAGAGGGUAUCGUUAAACCAGUUGCAUCCCCCUUCACAGACCUCAUUGGGAGCUGCUUCAAACCCCAUCUGGACAUCUACACGGAUAGCAUUGACAAAAAUCUCGCAGAAUUAAUUGAACAAUUCCUCCAGGCAAAAGUUCCAGCAGAUCCCGUGGCACGGACAACGGUAUUCCCCAGCUGUGCUGAUCUCUUUGUCUUCUACAAGAAGUGCAUGGUGCAGUGCGUUCAGCUGAGCAAUGGGAAGCCCAUGUAUGAUCUGGCGAUGAUCUUCAAGAAAUACCUCCGGGAAUAUGCGGCAAAAAUCCUCGAAAGUCGCAUCCCCAAACUCACAACAUCCUACACUCCGAGCUCCAUCAGUACCAGUAUGUCCCUCCUCACGCGGGAUCUGCAGAAUCUCUCCACAGCCGCCGGGCAGGUUAUUCACAGCUUCCUCAAAGAGGGUGAAGUAGCGCGAUUCACAAAGGAAGAAAUCAUCACCAUCUGUUGUAUCCUCACCACAGCAGAGUACUGCCUGGAGACGGUACAGCAGCUCGAGGAUAAACUCAAGGAGAAAGUUGAUGCAGCAUUCACGGAAAAGAUUGAUCUGGGCGAGGAAAAAGAUGUCUACCAUCGUAUAAUCUCCAAUUGUAUCCAAUACCUCGUGCAGGAUCUCGAGACGGGAUGUGAACCAGCUUUGAUUGUCAUGAGCAAGAUUCAAUGGCAGACAAUCAGCAAUGUAGGUGAUCAGAGCACCUUCGUUAAUUCCAUCAUUAGUCACUUCAAACAAACAAUCCCAACCAUUCGUGACAACUUGGCUACAUCGCGCAAAUACUACAUCCAGUUUUGUCACAAAUUCGUCAACUCCUUCAUUCCAAAGUACAUCAAUCAUCUCUACAAGUGCCGCCUCACCAGUGUGCAGGACAGCAAUGUUCUGGGCUGUGAGCAACUUCUCCUUGACACGCAUAGUCUUAAAACGGUUCUCCUGGAUCUACCCUCAAUUGGAUCUCAGGUAAACCGCAAAGCUCCUGCUAGCUUCACGAAGAUCGUCAUAAAGGGCAUGACGAAGGCUGAGAUGAUCAUUAAAGUCGUAAUGGCGCCUGUAAUCCCCGCAAAUGUCUUCACGGAGCAAUUCCUGAAACUCCUUCCGGACAGUACGCUCGUGGAAUUCCACAAAGUUCUUGACAUGAAGGGAAUGCGGCGUGUCGAUCAAGCUCAACUGGCUGAACUCUUCAAGCGAACAGCACCCAAGGAGAAUCUCUCACUCGCCCUGGAUGCCGUGUCAUCGAGUACAGGUGCAAAGCUUCCCGACAGCCCAGACGGGGAUAAGGGUCGCAUUAAGAAGCUCGAAAAGCUCAUUAAGAAGCGUCUGCCCAACUAAAUGGGUCUCUUUUAUUCCAUUUACAGGGGAUUUAUCUUUUUUUUCUUUUCUUUCGUGUCUCCGUGACAUUAUUUAAUAUUUAUAUUAUAUUCACAUGUAUAGAUUAAUCGCUUCUCUAAAAAUUAAAUGUAUGACAGAAAAA